CCUGCGAGCGAGAUUUGCAUGCCCACCAAGAUGCCUGAGACCUCUCUUCCAGUCUAUGUCCUCUGCCUACUCACCUUGUCUUCAGCUUGCUACAUCCAGAACUGUCCUCGCGGAGGAAAGAGAUCAGUCUCAGACACAGAAAUCAGACAGUGCCUCACCUGUGGUCCUGGAAAGAAAGGAAACUGCUUUGGCCCCAGCAUCUGCUGCGGAGAAGAAUUUGGCUGCUACAUUGGCACCCCGGAAACUCUGCGCUGCCUGGAGGAAAAUUACCUGCCUUCGCCCUGCGAGGCUGGCGGCAAGCCCUGCAGUGCAGGAGGGAGAUGUGCAGCAUUGGGCAUAUGCUGCAAUGAUGAGAGCUGUACCACAGAUGCAGCGUGUGUGGAUGAAAACAGUGGCAGGAGUCGAUUGCCUUCUGAAAGGAACCUGACUGUGCUGGACAGCUCGGCAGGGGAUCUCCUCCUCAAAUUGAUGCACAUGGCAAAUGCAAACAGGCAGCAACAGGGGAAGCAGCAGUUUUACUGA